AUGAAAUUAUCUGUUGUAAAAUAUCUUGUUGGAAUAGAUACUCGUGUAAAUGACGUCAUAAGUCGGUAUUUAGAUAUUAAAUCGAAUGAUGUCCGCAUUGUAGGGAUCUUUGGCCUUCCUGGAGUGGGUAAGACAACAAUUGCAAAAGUUAUUUUUAACACAAUUCAUUAUUGUUUUGAUGGAAGCAGCUUUCUAGAUAAUGUUAGUGAAAAAUCAAGGACAAUUGAUGGCUUAGUUCAAUUACAAGAGACACUUUGUUAUGAGAUCUUAGGGUAUCAAAAUUUGAAGGUGGGGAGUAUAUCUAAAGGAAUCAAUGUGACAAUUGAAAGGCUUCAUCGUAAAAGGAUUCUUAUAGUUCUUGAUAAUGUUGAAAAAUUGGAUGAGAUAGAAUUUUUUCUUGAAAAUUAUGAUCGGUUUACUUCUGGAAGUAGAAUCAUUAUAACCACAAGAGACAAACACUUGCUUGAUACUCUUACAAAAAAUAUUCAUGUAAUGUACUACAAGGUGAAGGAGUUAAAUAAACGUGAAGCUCGUAAACUCUUUUGUCAAGAGGCCUUUGGAAGAAACAAUUUCAAGGAAGAUUAUUUAGAACUGGUCAACCAAUUUAUAGAUUAUGCCAAAGGUCUUCCAUUAGUUCUAAAAAUAAUUGGUGCAGAUUUGUAUGGAAGAACUAAACAUGAAUGGAAAAGUGCGUUAGACAAAUACAAAAGAAUUCCCAAGGGAGAAAUUCAAAAAAUACUCAGAAUAAGCUAUGAUGGAUUGGACCAAACUCAACAGGAAAUUUUUCUUGAUAUUGCUUGUUUUCUUAAAGGAUUCUGCAAAGAUGAAGUUGUAGAUAUACUAAGAAACAUCAAUCUCCAUGAACCAUAUUAUGAUAUUGCAAGACUUAUUGAUAAGUGUCUUAUAAUUGUUACUAAAGAUAACAAACUAUUGAUGCAUGACUUGAUUCAACAAAUGGGUUGGGAAAUUGUUCGACAAGAAUCACCAAAAGUGAUCGAGAAGCGUAGUAGGCUAUUGUGUUAUGAGGAUGCUCCUGAAAUACUAAUUGAAAAUAUGUUUGGAGAAAUGGUUGGGCUUCCACAAAAUAUGGUAGGUUCAAGGGGAUCAUUGCAUCAGGACUCUAUUUCUGAAAAGUGCUACAAUACAUCUAAAAUGUGUUCUACAUCUGACUCUGUUAAUGAUGGAUGUGGGUUUCAGUUUGACCUUGUCCUUCCAGGAACUAAGAUUCCAAAGUGGUUCAACCAUCAAAGUGUUGGAAACUCCAUAUCAUUCUCGGUUGGUUCAGAAUCUCUAGCAUUUGCUUUCUGUGUUGCUUUAAAAAUAGAACUGAAGGAUAUUGUGGCAAGUCGAUCUGAAAGGGUUGCUGCUCAAAACCUUGUCAGAUUCUCAAAAACCCAUUGCCCUCUCUGUGAAAUAGCAGAAGAUUCCCUUUUACAUCUAUUUCAAUGUUGUCCCUAUGCCAAAGGAGUGUGGUAUGGUGGUAGAUGGGGUUUUCGAGUUGAAAUGAUCCGAGCUCAAACUGUGUUGGAAUUUGUUGAACAUAUAAUUGACCCCCCAAGUGAGUUACUCGCAGAAAGAAUCACCAAAGAUGAGUUCACACUAUAUGCAGUAGUGGCAAUGAAAAUCCUUUGGAUGGCACAAGAGGAAGCUUUGGUUUCAAGCACUAAACCCACCAUAAACCAAUUAGUCCAUCGUCUGAACAAACAGUAUGACUUUUACUUGAGACCACUCACCAAAGAGCAAAACAGGGGAAGUGCUUGGACCAAACCACUUGAUCAAUUGGUAAAGCUUAAUUUCAAUGCAUCAUGUGAUCAAAACAAUGUAGGCUUGGCUGUGGUUCUCAAAGAUCAAGACGGGAAUGGGAGAGCUAUCAGACGUGGCAUAAACAUCAACAGCAAGAUGGGAAUGCCAGUGGCCAAAGAGGAGCGCAAAUUGUGGUAG